CUACAUGAUGAUGAGAACCAACAACUUCUACGGAGAAGGAGGGGUGCGUCUAGAACUCACCCCAUCAACCACUUCCCCGCUUGCUAUCGAUGUGACGGAGUCUACGGAGAUGAGAAUUCAACGUCUCAUCUCCGAAAACCCCGUCGUAAUCUUCACUCGUUCCUCUUGUUGCAUGUGCCACGUCAUGAAGAAAUUACUAUCUGCUAUUGGUGUUUACCCAACUGUAAUUGAACUAGAGGAAGAAGAGAUCUCUGCCUUACCUCCCUCUUCCGCCGGAGAUCUUGACGAUCAUCAUCACGUUAAUAAUAUUCCCGCCGAUGCUCCGGCGGUCUUUAUUGGUGGGACACGUGUCGGUGGAUUAGAGAGCCUUGUUGCACUUCACUUGAGUGGUCGACUUGUUCCUAAGCUUGUGGAAGUCGGUGUCAUCACUCAUGUGGUAUAGUAAGUAAAAUUUCCAUGUUUUUAUUAAUUAUAAUUAUUAAUCUAAUUGUCCACAAUUAAAAAUAAUAUAAUUUUAAGUCUACUAGUAUAAUUAGUUCAUAAUUAUUCUAUUUUUCGUGUAGUACCAAGUGUUAAUUAAAUAAUACUCCUCUUUAUCUGUAUUUUAAUGAAAGUGUGUUGCUUUUUUU